AUGAAAUGUAACAAUAUCCACAUUUCGGACCUGAGGAAGAAGGCGCUCAUAGAGUCGGGGCUGAUCAAGCGGUGGCAGUCAGGUUCAAAGCUGGACAAGAAGCCAGAGCCCAGCAAGAAGUGGCUGCUAGGGCCGGGGCCGCUGGUGCCCUUGCCCCUGGGCAUGAAAUGUAAGCCCUGGUUCAAGGACAGGGACAGGUUGCCUUCCCGCUAUCUCUCCAGGCAGAACAACAAGCUUGGGAAGUGCCUGCGGUGGGUAUUUGUGAAGGAGGGAGUGGACGACUUCAGAACGGGCUGUCCAUCUCUUGAAGAUGUGAUCACUCAUGGCCCUCAGGAGGGCAUUCUCCCCAUGAUUGCUCAUAGAAUUCCCCGCCCUCCGCCCAAAAAGAUUCACAGGCAGCCGCCCAAGGGAGUGGACCUGUGUUCCAAGCUCUCGCCAGCCCAGGGAGCACGGAAGGCCAUUGUAGAGAACAUUGAAGCCAGCCUGAACCAGCAUCCCUUGGUGAACUGCCCAAAUCUGGAGGAAGCUCUCCCUCCAGACCUCCUGCUCAGGGUCCUGGAAGUGCUAGAUCUUGACAGGAAGCUGGAGGACUCGUGGGCGUAUUGUGAGGGCACCAAGGAAAGAAAGAAGACCCCCACACACCUGUGUGAAGAACAUCCUGAGGAGGUCAACCUGGAGCCUCCCCAGGCAGUCUACCUGGAAUAUCCCUGGAAGCUCAACCUGGAACAUCCUGAGGAGGUCAACCUGGAACCUGAAGACCAAGCCCACGUGGAAACGGCCAAGGAGAGUCUCCAGUCAUAUUUAUUCAGUUUGUUUCCUGAGGAAGAGACAAAUGCACCAUGCACAAUGGAUAUCCCCAAAGAUCCUGUGUUCCAAAAAGCAAGAAUAGUUCGUGAAUUCUGCAGAUGGAUCGAUGAUAAUUUUGGAGACAUAGGCAUUGAUGAAGAGGACAUCAUAAAGUUUGAAAUUGACUUAGAGGUCCCACUCACCCAUAAUACAGUCAAAAUAAAGAAAAUAAGCCAGCUUCCUUUGAAUAUAAGGCCCUGCAAACAGCUAGAUGACAUACAGCAGAGAAAAUUCUCCCUGCAGGAAGUCGUCCCUGACAAGGAAUAUUGGACCUAUGGAAAGCAUCUUGAACCAGACAUUAUCGAUGAACUUUAUGGACCAAUUGCCUUCAAAGAUUUCAUUGUUAGCAAGGGCUACAAGAUGCCAGGUGUGAUUGAGAAGAUGUUUAUGAGGAAGGGAUGGAACUAUGAGUCUGUGAAGACUCCUAUACACCGAGUAAUGAAACUCCUCUCCAAACCCAAAGAGGAGGAUUCAGGGGACGAAGAGGAUUAG